UCCAAUGUCUUCUCCAUGUUCGAUCAGUCCCAGAUUCAGGAGUUCAAGGAGGCCUUCACCAUCAUGGACCAGAACCGGGACGGUUUCAUUGACAAGGAGGAUCUGCGGGACACUUUUGCUGCGCUCGGUCGUAUCAAUGUCAAAAAUGAGGAGCUGGAGGCCAUGGUGAAAGAGGCACCAGGCCCCAUCAACUUCACUGUCUUCCUGACCAUGUUUGGGGAGAAACUGAAAGGCACCGACCCGGAGGAGACCAUUCUCCAUGCCUUCAAGGUGUUCGACACCGAAGGGAAGGGUUUUGUCAAGGCCGAUUUCAUCAAAGAGAAGCUCAUGACCCAGGCGGACCGCUUCAGCGAGGAGGAGGUCAAGCAGAUGUUUGCUGCCUUCCCGCCAGAUGUGUGCGGCAACCUGGACUACAGGAAUCUGUGCUAUGUCAUCACGCACGGGGACGAGAAGGACUAGGGCAUGCCGCGGGCUACAUUGAAAGCCUGGCCAGGCAGUGGAGAGCAGGGGGUUUGCUGUGGUUGGAGUGUGCGUGCCUGGGAAAAGACCAGAAUAGUAAUAAUAAUAAAAAA